UUUAUUAUUAAGCUGAUAUUGUCAGGUGUGAGCGCGCGCGUGUUCGUGCGAACGCGCAGAAGUUGAGCAGCAGGACUGAAGCUCUGGAGAUGCUCCUCAGCCUCGCUGCUGAAACCGUUUGAUGUUCAGCGGAUGUUCAGUUUCUCUCGUAUCUUCAUCAGCAGCGCGGGUGAGAUCGAUCUCCAUCAGUAAUGGGCGAGCAGAGCAUCUGUCAGGCGCGGGCCACCGUCAUGAUGUAUGAUGACGGCAGUAAGCGCUGGUUACCGGCCGGUUCUGGCGCUCAGGCCGUCAGCAGGGUUCACAUCUUCCAGAACCCCAGUAACAACAGCUUCAGGGUGGUGGGACGCAAACAACAGGCCGAUCAGCAGGUGGUCAUCAACUGUCCUCUGGUCCGCGGGAUCAAAUAUAACCAGGCGACGCCUACGUUCCACCAGUGGCGGGAUGCGCGGCAGGUCUGGGGUCUGAACUUUGGCAGUAAAGAGGACGCGGCUCAAUUCGCCAACGGCAUGAUGCACGCGCUCGACAUGCUCAGCGGAGAUGCUGGCGCGUGUCCUCCUCCUCCUCGACCGCCUCAGAACGGCCCGAGUGCUGAGGAGAUCGAACAGAAAAGGAGGCAGGAGCAGCAGGAGAGGGAGCGUCAGGAGAGAGAGAGACAGGAGAGAGAGAGACAGGCGUCUGCCGCUCCGGCUCCGCCUCCUGGUCCUCCUCCCGCUCCCGGUCCCGCCUCUGCACCUCCUCCUCCUCCCGGACCUCCACCCGCUCCAGGACCCCCGCCUCCCCCCCCACCACCACCUCCGUCAGGAGGAGGCCCGCCAGCUCCCCCUCCUCCGCCUUCAGGAGGAGGAGGAGGAGGAGGAGGAGGAGGAGGAGGUGGUGAUGGAGGUCUGGCUGCGGCACUCGCUGGAGCUAAACUACGCAAAGUAGCCAAGGAGGACAGUGGAUCAGCAGCUCCUGCAGCUCCUGCCAGCUCAGGAGGAGGUGGUGGCGGCGGCGGCGGCGGUGGCGGUGGUGGUGGUGGAGGAGGAGGAGGUGGAGGAGGAGGUGGAGGAGGAGGACUGAUGGGAGAAAUGAGUGCAAUUCUAGCUCGACGAAGAAAAGUUGCUGACACUCCAGCGGUCAAGAAGGAAGAAACAAGCAAUGCUGAUUCUGUAGCUGCAGACAAACCAGAGGUGGUGAAGAAGCCCUGGGAGAAACCGUCGUCUGUGUCACGGGUGAAUUCAGCAACUAAGAGUCAGGACAAGAGCCCGGUGUCUCCUGCGACCGCGGCUCCGUUGAGCAGGACGAGGCCCGGCAGCAGCACAGGCGACUCCACAGACAUGGAGAAAUUCAAACAGGACAUCCUGGAAGAGAUGCGCAAGGAGCUGCAGAAAGUGAAGGAUGAGAUCAUCAGCGCUCUGAUUGAGGAGGUGCAGAAGAUCAGUACCGGAUAGCUGCGGAUCAGGGAGAUCUGCGCAAACGUCUGCGCAGAAGCACAAACACAAGAUGCUUCCUUCUCACGUGCACACGCUUCAAGAUGCAAGAAACUCACUCGCUUUUACCCCUGUAGUUUUACACCCAAUGCCUUUUUUGUGAAUAUUAGUGAAAAUUAAUGAAUGUCAAUCUUUCUGCUCUGCUGCUGUGUAGAGCAUUUAGUCUGUUGCAUUUGUGCUUUAAUUUCAUGUUUACAUGUAGCGCUCUUACAUGUACCACCUGCAUCUAGAAACGGUGUCACUAGUUAGUUGUUUACAUCUGUAAUGAUCAGAAUACGUGGGAUUCUGUGUAAUUGCAGGUUAUUUAUCAUGCACUGUUAUAUAAACCAUGUUUGACAGGCAGGGGUUUUCAAACUGGGUUCCGCGACCCGCGAGGGAGUGUUAGUGGGUCAGUGGAAAUAUUAAAAUACGUAAAUAUAAAAAAUAAGGUUAAACUGUGAUUAAAGCAAAUGUGAUUAAAAUACAUUUAUUUUUAAAAAAAAUUGAAUAAAAUGAAAAUUUGAUUAAAAAUUGAUUUAAAAAUGAAUAAUUCAGAUAAAAUGAAAAUAUGAUUAAGCUAAAUUAAUAUAAAACAUUUAAAAUUAAAAUAAAAAUCUUAAAAAAUAUUUAUUAAAAAAAUUACAAUUGUAAUAAAAUAAAAACAUUAAAAUUUAAAAAUAAAUAAUUUGAAUAAAAAAUGAGUAAUAUAAACAGUUUUAAAAUUAAAUAAUUUGAAUAAAAUAAAAAAGAACAUUAAAAUAAAUUGGUUUUAAAAAGAUUUAGAUAAAAUUUAAAAUAAAUUGGUUUACAAAUGAAUAAUAUGAAUAAAUGAAAGUAAAAUAAAUCUAACUGUACAGUUUUCUACUUAGUAAAAAAUUGUUUUAAAUUUAAAACGUUGAUAAAAAUAACAAAAAUAAUAUUUUCCAUAUUUAUAAUAGUUUUUCACAAUAUACAUUUAUUUUUUUAUGCAUGAAAUUACAUUAAUAUAAAUGUUAGAACGGGCCCCUUGCACCAGAAUGAUCGUAUUUGGGGGCCCGUGGCUCCUGAAAGAUUGAAAACCCCUGAGUUUGUUGAAUCAUGUCAGAUAAUGUGAUUGAAAAUGAUCAGAUGUGAGCCUCAGGGAUGUGUAUGAGGAAUAUCAGCUGUUUCAAGCGAAAUCUGUAUUAAUAUGUGUUAUUUUGUAUGUCAGUGACAGAAAAGUACUGUAGUAUUACCAUGGUACCACCAAAGUACUUUGUAUGAGUUGAGAGAGUGUGUGUAUGUUGAGUAGUUGUCGGUAAGUUUGUAAGGCAUGUCGUUGUUUUACAGUAAGAUCCGCUAUGCAGCGCUUGAAAGUGCAAAUAAAGCCGUUCGGCCUGUUUGAAGGCGCUCGAGCCUCGGGCCGAUCCCGGA